GUGGUCACCGAGGCCACGCCCCUUCCCAGCUUGUCAGAGCAGAGGAGGGGGAGGAGCUACAGUAGGAAGUGUGCCUGUGUGUCUGAGUGUGUGACACUGCUAGUGUGUGAGAGAGGGGGGAAAAAAAGCUCUGUCCUCUGCUGUGUCCUACAGCCAGCUAUAUACAUACACUGCAGCCACUACAGCUAACUAGCAACACUCACACUGUAUACACUGAGUGUGUCUGUAGGACCAUGUACACACACUGCACAGCUACACAGAGCUAGCCAGGCAUACACAGUGUGUACUGUCACACAGCCAGACUGCUAACACAUAUGUGUACUACUUCAAAUACUCACACAUAUACAGAGACAGACAGUGUGUAGACCAGAGUGACACUGGACCCCAGGAAUCCACACAGCGGAAUGACAACAGGACCCUGACGUGAGUAUUCCCAGCCGGAGGGGGCUAUGGUAUAUGUGUGCGCUUUUAUUUAUAUUUAUGGUAUACGUGAACGUGUUUAAUUAUGUUUGUUAUAUGUGUGUGUUUUAUCUUAUAUAUAUAUAUAUAUAUAUGUGUGUUUGUGUUGUAAAAUGUGAAUUCUAUAUUUUACGUUUUGUAUAUUUUGCAUCCCUUAUUACUAAGAAGUUAAGACUGCAAACCAAAUGUAUGUACUCUAUACCCACUGUCCCUGUGCGUCCUGCUUGUCUUGUUGCAUAUACAUGUCUUUUAGUCCACCUAUUGUACAGCGCUACAGAAUUUGUUGGUGCUUUAUAAAUAAUAAUAAUAGUAAUAAUAUAUAGUGUGUUAGUUGAGUGCAUGUAUUGGUGUGUAAGUAGUUUUUGUAUUUUGUUUAUUAGGAAUUGUUGUGUUAUGUGUUUGCAUGUAAUAAAAAUGUUUUAUUGUCAUAAAAAGGUGCAUAUUAACAAUACCCAGUUUACUCUUACUUAUGAUCAUUUUUAUUGCUCUUUAUUUAUGUCCCUUUUCACUUGAGACAUCAGUAUAGAAAUACAAAGUAGUAAGUUUUGCUUCUCUUGCCAACUAAUUUGUACUUUCACUAUUAUUAGACAGUAUGUGUGUGUGUGUGUGUGUGUGUGUGUGUGUGUAUGUGUAUAUAUGUAUGUAUAUAUAUAUAUAUAUAUAUAUAUAUAUAUAUAGGCAUAUCUAUAGAUGUGUACUUUUUUUAUAACCUCAAUAUGAAUUAAUGUUUUUGAAUUUUAUUUUAAUCAACUGGUUUAUGCUAAAAUACUAAAUUAAUAUAUAAAUAUAUAAAAUAAUCUCUAAUUUUUAAUUGUGUUUAGAAUGUGUCCACUGAUAGACUGUUUGAAAAGUUCAGGUUAUGUGGUUUUAACUAAGUGUUCUAUAGAUAUGCCUGUUUGCAUCAUGAAUGAACAAAUUACUUUGUAAAUAUUGCCUUACCCAACAGCUCACUUGUUUUGAGAAUUGCAAGAAAUGUUUAUUUUAUAAUUACUAUUACCCCAUCCAAAAAAAUUGCAAUAUGCUUCUUGUUCCACCUGUAUCCUCCAAAAUGCUAUCUUCAAUUUCACUUGUAAAACAUAAUUAUCAUAGUUUAUGUAUCAUAUAUAAUAUGUCUUUAUGUUAUUUGUAUCCAUGUAGAUAUAUCAGUUCUGGGUGAAGUUACAAUAUUCUGUUUUAAAAGUUCUACUUUUACCUCAACUUUAUAAAAUGUCUAAGCGUAACAGAACUGUUUGCUUUUUAAUUUACACAGAAAAAAAGGGGGAAUGGGGGCACACCUGGAACAUGCAUUUCUAAGUAGUAGUAGUUGCUGUAAAGAUAAUAUAUAAGAAUUAUACUACACAAAAUCACAUGCAUGGCAUAUGCAAAGCUUGCACUCUUUUUUUAUUCCUGGAAGAAAUACAGUGACUUUGAACCAAGGUCAUAGGGAGUUAACCGAUGAACCCAGACUAGAGAUUGGGUCAGUCACCAAUCUCUUCGUACACCAGCCUCAGGAGACUGUACGAUAGCAUUUAAAAUCUCAGUUUUAUGCACAAAAUGUCUAAUUUCACACCACUACAUGUGUUCUAGUUUAACAUAUAUUGUUCUAUAUGUGUGUACGUGUCAGAAAUAUACAGUUGCAUUAAUAACACUCAGUGUGAAUAGUGUGCAUGAAUUGUUUUUACUUUUAUUUAGAUAUAGCGCCAACUUAUAUUUUAGUGCCGAAUAUGGCAAAUAUGUAAAAGUGAACAGAAAGAAGUAGUGUAGUCAGCUCUGCUAAAAUGGGAUUUCAAUGUCAAGGAUCACUGUAUUGCUGUGGAUGGUUUUUGAUAUCAGUAAUAACUUUAUUUGUAAUAUUUGUAUAAACCGCAAGAGUAUUAAAUUAUGUGACACACAGGAGACUAACCUUUUGUUCUUUUAUACUGUUACACUUCUAAUCAUGAACUUUUGUUUUGUUGUUUUUUCUUUUGUUUUGUUUUUUGACUGCUCAGGAUGUCCUUUUAGAAAUUUAUUGACCUCGUAAAUGCAGUGCAUUUCAUUCCCAGAAACUGAAUUCAGUGAACUGGGAAAUUGGAUGGUAAUUAGAAGGCAGAGGGGUCAAAGGUUGAAAGUUUUCUCUGACCAAUAGUACUAUGAUAAAACCCAAUCCUGUUCUGUACCUAUCUGACUUUCUUAAUUCUGCGCAACUCACAGGAUUGGCACUAUAUCUGUAUAGAGCAGUGUUCACAGUCCUGGUUCCAUUUUGUCCUUUAUUGCUAUUGUAAAAGAAUCCUAUAGUGUCAGGUAUACAAACAUGUAUUCCUGACACUGUAGUUCUGAUUUGGCUGUUUAGCUCCCCAGCCCUUCUGUUAGAGCAGUAAGAAGGUGCGUUUACUCACCGCGCCGGUGUCCCUGCCUUGUUCUACCUCCAAUGCUGAAAUCAUCAAUCUGGAUGAUCUCAGCCAAUCCAUAGGAAAGCAUGGAGAAGCUAUUGUGCAUGCGCAAUAAAAUGCUGCACUGUGCCAGUCAGCGUCUCCUUAUUGAGAUGCAUUGAAUCAGUGCACCUCUAUGGGGAGGGGCCAGGUUCUCUAUGCAGAGGAGGAGACGCUGAACACAUUGUGCAGCACUAAUACAUGAAGCACCUCUAGUGGCUGUCUGAGUAACAGCCACUAAAUGUGUUACUAGGCAGCAAAGUAAACACUGCCUUUCCAUAAAAAGGCAGCGUUUACAUUGACGAGCCUGCGGGAUCAAGGUAUAGACACCAGAACCACUACAUUAAGCUGUAGUUGUUCUGGUGACUUGUAUAAUGGUUCUGGUGACUACAGUGCUUCACAGUUUUACAGCGGGGAUAAAAAAAUUACAAAUUAGUGACAAACAAUUGUGAAUAGAAAGAGGCAGACUUUCCCCAAGAGCUUACAAUCUAUUUAAUAUAGUGCUACCCUGACAUUCCAAAUGCUAGACUGCUGCCCAGAUCUCUUGUGUAUUCUCUUUGCCCUUUCUGUAUAUAUAAACCAACAGUAACCUCUACCAAUGAAACAGUUCACAUCAAAAACUAUUGUUUACUUUCCUUUAUGGCUGUGCGACUUUUCUCUCGAUAUACCCGCUGGUUUAUUCAGUAAGCCAGGAAUUAUGGAGACUUGACAUUGAUAUUGCCAGUUUUAAGCAAAUUUAGCACAGGUGGCAAAAGAAAAAUAUCUGAGUUGGGGAAUGUUAUGGCUAUUGGCCCAAUAUUUGCAAUUGCCGUUUAGUGAGUAGUCCUGUUGGUGUGACUCUUACUUGUGGCACACACCUUUGGGUAGUAUUAAUAUUAAUUCGCUACUGGGGACACUGUACAAUGAGACUUGCUCAAAAAUGAAAAAUGUAGAAAAUUGCAGCAAUGAAUGUGAUGACCUUUAUUCCAGGGAAGGUCGACAGUGGCUGCAAAGUUUUGCCAACAUUUAGCCAGCCCCUGUUCCUAAUUCUUUUUUUUAAAACUUAUUUUAUUUCUUUUUUUGCAUAUAGAAUACUAAGUAUCAUCAUACAUCCUAGAAAUUAGCAUGCACUCAAAUAAGUAUUGAACGCAAAGAAUCAACAAAAAGAAGUAAAACAUGAGAGCAAUUAAGGAACAAAACUAAACAAAGAACCGUGAGUUAGCAUAGUCAUAAACACUAGUCGAUAUCUAUUAUUACAAUUUAAGGAGCAUAAGAUGGUGAGGAGGUAUUUCAAGGAGGUCACUGCACCAAUCGAUUUCAAAUUUAGGAGGCUUACUGUUUUGGAGGAUCAGUGAGUGCAGACAUGACUUCAUAAAUAUUCUUAGAUUUUAAUGCGUUUAUAUAGAUCUUGCAAACUACUCCUGUACUUAGCACUAAACAUGGCCUUUGCAAUACUUUGUUGCUACUGGUUUCCUUCUCUUCUUUUUGCCUUGGGGUAUUGCAAAACCUGUCUGACUAAAUUGUGUAUAUAUAUAUGCGCUUUGAGCAGAGCAAAGGUCUUCCUUACCCUUGUUCUCCCAUAUUCUAUGUGCGUGUACUCUAGUUGGCCCUUUCAUUAGCCUAAGAUACUGUCUGUUUAGUAUAGUGUCUACAAUUAAGCAUGGGGAGCAUUUCUGGAGACUGUCUUCGUUUUUAUUAGUUUUAGGUUCUGCAAGUCCAGUAUUGUUUUAUAUUGAGCUUAAUCUAAUAUGCGCAUGUAAUGGGCCAUUGUUAAGGGAUAUUUAUAAAGCAUGCUGAUUUGACUAGUGCACAAAGACUUUAUUUACUAAACAUUGAGUGUUGGUUAAGAGUCUGCAGAAAUUUUGUGCUUGUCUGGUCAUUUUGGAUUCUUUGUAAGUCUUUGUUAAAAUUCACUAUUUGCUGACUUAAUUGGAGUCCCUUGCAAGAUGCCAUUUCCAGAGCCCAAAUUUUAUUGAGUAAAGAUCUUUACAUAUUCCCUAUUUUAGAAACACAAAACAGGUUGGAACCAAAUUAGGUCUGGUUCUUUAACAAAACAAAUGUAAGGCCAAUAUGUUUGGUUUGUGGUUGGGGCUAUGGUCUUCUUAAAUGGAGUGUACUGUCAUACCUUGCUCUCCAGUGAUUUGAUCCCCACCCAAUGUUCUUCCUUUAAUUAUUCUAUAAAUGAUCUACCCUGGUUGGCCUUCUUCAAGCUUUCCUUAACCGGCGAUUUUGGCACACCUCAGAUCGUACAUAAGCCAAAAAAGUUUUAUAGAAACAAAACAAAGUUAUGUGAGUGUUAUCACAAAGCCAUAUGUACAUUGAUAUUACUGGAUAUUUUUAGUAUCACUCCAAUGGCCAUUAAAAUGUAAGCUCACUUGCCAAGUAACGGCAAAACGUCUUAGGUGUGUCCUACACUAACAAUUCACCAAGCCAAAUAUUUGUCAAACACUUUUAUAUAUAUAUAUAUUUAUAUUUUUGGCUUAUUCGUAUUAUGCAAAGUAUUGCAGAGAGUUGAUCUUUUAAAUAAUGAAUUAUAUUAUCUAUUAUCUAGACUAUAUUUAUUGUAAUCUUACAUACUUCAUGUAUAUGUUACGGAUGCUUUGUCUGUUUUGUCUCUUUUGUUUCAGGAUGCACUCACACUUUUCCUAUGUCCUGUGCAGGGCUCCUUUACAGCAUGUCUUCCCGUGACAGACGCCCUGAUUUGUGCAUCAAGGCAGAACCAGGGACACCAGAAAGUAUUGGGCGCCGGAGUCCAAGUGGAUCUAGUGACAGCAGUGGGCAUGGGCCUGACCUCCAAGGACCUCGAUGUUGCAGAGGAGGUGAAGAGGAGCAGGAUGAUACCCCUGGAAGGGGCAAAUAUGUUCUCAACUCAAUUCCUAAGCGUCUUUGUCUGGUGUGUGGAGACGUAGCAUCAGGAUAUCAUUACGGGGUAGCGUCAUGUGAAGCAUGCAAGGCCUUCUUCAAGAGAACUAUUCAAGGUGAGCCAGGGGAAUGCCAAUGCCAGGGUAGGACCUCUAAAACUUUACCAAAAAUGAGUUUCUUUUUCCAACCUUAAAAUUUUGUACUAAACUGGUACUAAGGACUGUGGAUGAGAGGCUGCAGUGUAAAACUUUGUGAAUUUGGUUUAGCAGGAAAAAAAAAUCCAUAUGACUGGUGAAUAAAAGUGCAUUACGAGUGUUAAAUGAUUUUGUGAUAAAGCCUAUCCAAUCUUUUUCAGGUGCAUGGACAGGAUGUUUUAAUGACUUCACUAAACGGCUGCUUUUUUUAUUUUUAAAUUUACAAUACCCUACUGGGCAUUAGUAAUUAGUAACCCCCUAUGCCCAUAAACCUGGAAAACAAGCCUUUAUAGCAAAGCCCCAUCGCUGGUUUCUACACCCCAUCUGAUGCCACUGAUGCCAUCUCUGUGGUCCAAUAAAGUGCUUCUCAUAGAGAAACAUUUGAUUGGACCAUUCUCACUGGCUCAGAGUGCAUGCGCAUGCUCUGAGCCAUGGAGGGACUUGGACUUGUUGACAAGCGAGGGAGGUAAUUACAAAAAAAAUGGGCAAAUAAUAAAGAAUAGAUACCAGAAAGUUGGAGUGCGCUAGCAACUGCACUGGAGUUAGGGUCUUCUCUGAGUACUCUGAAAAAAUAUAUACAGUAUAUAGUGCAGACUAUCUGUAUAUACAGCGUAUGCAAAAUUAAAAGUAUAUCUGGGGAUCAACUCACAUGGACCAGAGCCCUAUCGCCCCUGGCUCUGGGUUUGAAUUGCUCCAAUGGAGAGGGAUAAACCCACAAUAUAGCAAGACAGGAUACUCUUCUGAAUCACAUGUAAUAUCUAGGCAGUACAAACAAAUAGAGAGGCAGGAGCCCAAAUUGAAUAGUAUCAAACACAGUAUUUAUUUAAACAAAAGGUUAAAAACUCUUACUUGAAGUAGUGGGUUUGCCAGCAAUAAACCCACAACUAGAUAAGCAGGAAUUUACACACAAAAAACGAUACAGCUUAGACACUUCCGGGUUCCGGCUUUGUUCCGAUCACGUGAUCGCUUGGACCGCCUCUCUCUGAUGUCAAACGUUUGAAAACGUUUGGGCUGAUGACAGAUGCAUUUUUUUGCACAGAAUUAAUUUUAGUCAGGCACUUGUCCAGCCUCUUUUUAAUACAUAAUACAGAUAGACAAAUGCAAAAUACAUAUAAUAAACCUAAAUAUACUCCUUUCUGAAUGUCACUUGCUAAGUGACAAUCCCCUGCCAAUCCUGACCUUUCUGUUAUUUUGAAUGGCAAAACUGUGCACUUCCCAUAAACUUUGCACAGCAGGAGUGUAUGGCUUCAAUAUCGCUUUUAUCUUUGACCGUUGCAUUUGGAGUUUAAAACCCAGUUGCUAGUAGUUUCAAUGGACGUUUUAUUAAAGAGGAAAAAAAGCCUUUUCUUUGGUCUUUUCUUCUUUAAUAGGCUAGACUCGCAGGGGUAGGCAACUUUCGACACUCUGGAUGUUGUGGACUACAUCUCCCACAAUGCUCUUACAGCUAUAAUGCUGGCACAGCAUCAUGGGAGGUGUAGUCCAAAGCAUCUGCAGUGCCGAAGGUUGCCUAUCCCCAAGACAGGAAGUGUUAGGCUAAGAGUGUAAGAUAACCGUAUAAGCUUAUUAUAGCUUUCCAGUGAGAAAGGUUUGUUUGAGAAAAUAAUAAUAAAAAAAUAAAUAUAUAUAUAUAUAUAUAUAUAUAUUGGAAUAGUUAUUUAAAAACUCACAACAGUAGUAUUUAGGGUAUAAGCUCUUAAGGUUUUUGCCAAAACAAAAAUGUGCACUGCUUCCAGCAAGAGUGGAAUCAAGAGAAGAAUGCAGAUGUCAGUAUUCUUAGAAUGCUAGUAAGCCCAAGGCAUUGUUUAUGUUAUAACUGAUCCAAUGCCUAAGCUUCUAUUUUGGGUUUUGUUUGCCUUUAUUAGCAUAAUGUACUUUGCACAUAGUUGUCAAUUUGCUCAUUGUUGUUAUUGGUUACCUUUCUGUUUGGUGGAAUGUUCUGCAAUUGACAACAGUUUAUUUCUUAUUACUCUAGCCAACUCUACAGCCACCCUCCUGUUAGCUUACCUUGUGUGUCCAGGAGCAUGGCUUGCUUGUAGGUCUGUUCCUGCUGGUGGGAGUGAGAGGUCUGGAGUAGCUCUUCGUGCUCAUUCUCCUCUCUGUCCACUCAUGCUGCCUCCUCUCCCCCACAUGCUGUCUCUCUCCACAAAACUUGGAGGAAGUGACAGGCUGUCACUUCCUCCCAGGCUGCUGACACUACACAGGCCCGAUCUCGGUCUUAAAGGGCCGCGAUACCUGACCAGCCCCUGUUCAGCAAAAAUGUUUCCAAGUGCUAUCAUAUCACCGGGGAAAUAUUUUGCAACGCCCCUGUGUGUUCUGUACACUGGUGUGCCACGGCACACAGUUUAGGAACCGCUAGUAUACAGUGAAAGCACUCACCAAUCUCACCAAGUUCCUGUUUUCAGCCAAUGUUAAAAGCCAAUUACUAGCAGCCCUGUAAAAGAAGGAGAUUCACAUACUUUUUCUCUUUCUGUAUUUUCAUUGGUUGACAGCUAAUAGACAGAAUCUUUCACCGAAAAAAACUUUGCAAGGCUUGCUUCAGUGAUGUCCUUCAUAGAUAUCUGGUGUGUGGCUCUAAAAUUGUGUAAUGGACUACUUGAAUUGUCCUGACACCGACUUUGCAUUCUAAGUCUGCCAGAAUUUCAAGAUAGCUGGUAUCAUUGGCAUAUAGAAAUUAUUUACUGUAAUAUAUGCUCCUGAUUAUAAUCUUUAGUUUCCAUUACAUAGAGUUAUGGAUAAAUGUAUAUAAAAUAGAGGAUAAAUACAGACCAUAAUUAGGAGACAGCUUUUAAAAACUUUGGAGGAGCCCAACGUCCACAGACCUUUUAGAACCUUACUUAAAGGGACUCUCCAGGCAGAGUAGUUUACUCACCUGGUUCCAGCGCCGGGAGCCUCGUGAAGCCGCGCCCCCUAUUUCGUCAAAAUGACGAAAUAGGCGGGUGCGACAGGGAGCAAUCAGACGCCUCCAUUUGGAAGCGUCAUUGCUCCCUUGUGCAAUGCCGCCCUCUGAAGUCCUGAGCGCACUACCGCGCAUGUGCGCGGAGUGCAUGGCCGUGAGCUGAGCUGACUGAUAGCUCAGCUCGCGGUCUUUGCCUGCCCCCUCUCCUCUCCUGACAGGCAGGUGAGAGAAGGCGCGCACACAGUGCCUUCUCUCUCCUGCACACGUCAGACGUAUCUUAAUACGUCUGACGUGUACAAGGCCUUUUUAGGGCCCUACAUGAUAGGAAGUCCCUCUGGUGGCCGUCUGAGUGAUGGCCACUGGAGGUAUUCCUAUCAAUCAAUGUAAACACUGUAUUUUCUCUGAAAAUACAGUGUUUACAUUAGAUUGCCUGCCGGGAGCUAUAGAUCUCACCUGAACAAAUACAUUAAGCUGUAGUAGUUCAGGUGACUAUAGUGUCCCUUUAAUAUAUUGUUAAAGGGACACUCAUUUUAAUGGUUUAUUGCUAAAUGAGAGUCCCCAGCAGCUCAUAUCCUUUGUUCUGCUCUAGCUAAUGAGGAAGCAGUGGCUUGAUCAGUAGUGGGUGGCGGUGAUUUACGCGGAGUGUCAGCUGACCGCAUUUAACCUAUCACAGCUGCUCAUUGCUGGUAUAAUGUGGUAUGUAUAUUAUUAUUAUUAUUGUUAUCGCCAUUUAUAUAGCGCCAACAGAUUCCGUAGCGCUAUAUGGUUGAAGCGGUAUGAGAAGAAAUUGUUAUAAUGCAUUAGUGUCCCUUUAAACCAUUUUUCAUAUUAUAGGGGAUAUGUAUCAAGGGGCAAACAUGCUAUAUUGAGGCAAAGUGCUAAAUAAAGAGUAAUCAGCAAUAGAUUAAAUCUAUGCGUUUAGUGCUUUGCAGUACAAAUAGCACCUGAUUUUUUUUCUUCAAAAAUCUCCCCUUUUAAAUUAUUUUUGAUUAAUAUUGUCACACUAUGUUGUAUAUGUGAUGUUAUAGCUUUUUAGUGUUCAAUAUGUGAAAACCAACACUUCAAAGAUUAAAAACUACUCUUUUAUUGAAAACCCAUUAAAAGUUAUUUAAAUAUGUAAUGGUGAUGAUAUAGAAAAUAGUGCACACAAAUGUAUCAAAAUAAUAUCACCCUGAGGACACCACAAGCCUUACGCGUUUCGUGCUACUCAAGCAGUUAUUCAUAAGUCUAUGAAUAAGUGCUUGAGAACCACGAAAUGCAUAAAGCAUAUGGUGUCCUUGUGGUGAUUUGUUAUUUUCCUACUGGACUGAGUCUAGUUCAUAGCCAGAUAGGUAAGCAGAACCUUAUUCCUGGCUAUCUUUUUAGUGUUGGCAUGGAUGUAUUUACUAUAUGUUUACAUUACCCUCUGUAGUGUUUUGGACUUUAAUGUCUGUACAUGUCUAGUGAUCAAUAUACAGUGGCGUUAAACUUAGGCACUACUAAUAGUUUUAAAGGACCCAUGGUUAGCUUGUUUGUCAAAACUGUUAUUUAUUAAUGUCAAGGCUGCUUUUAGUGGUACUUGCUGUGCUUCCAUCUUGUACUUUUAAAAUCUUAUGUAAGAUCUUGGAGUGACAAGGAGAAGAAGCCUAAUUAGGCUUGCUAUGUAGAACUCAGAUCAAUAUAGUUCCCUGACUAGGCUUGAAAUGAUUAUUAAAAAUAAAUUGGAAAUGCUGAUAAACAGUCAACGUAACAUAUAGACUAUUCCUGGAUGCUGUAUUUUAAUGCAAAACAGCUUAUUAGUGAAUAUUCCUCUUGAAACCACCAGUCUGAGAUUGCUUUCCUCCUGUUUUCUUGUCGUAGGUAACAUUGAAUACAGUUGUCCAGCCAGCAAUGAGUGUGAAAUUACCAAAAGGCGCAGAAAGGCUUGUCAAGCAUGUCGAUUUACAAAGUGCCUCCGUGUAGGCAUGCUUAAGGAAGGUGAGUCAUAUGUACUCUUUGUUCUAAUUAUCCUGCUGUAGCUGCAUUUGUAGUGUCAUUGUAUUACAGUUGCUUGUGUUUUUUAUUUCCAAGUCUAUGGUAAUUUUUGGAUGCCAUCCGGGUCCUCAUACAUGCAAGUGCUUCCUCUCAGAUGUGUUUUUUUUCUUUUGGGAAUUUUCCCUGCGUCAUCAGAAAGUACUGUUCUGCUAAUGUGAGCUUAAGAGACAGCAUUAAGCAAUCAUUUCCUUUUAACAGCUGUAAUUCUGUAUAUCUGUUCAUAUAUAAGUAGUGUGUUAACACUAGUGGAUAAAAUUGGAGUGGGGGAGACAUUGCAGCAGAAAUCACUUAACUGACUUUAAAAGAGAGGUGUUAAUGAAAUCGUUAUGUGGGAGGUGCAAUCAAUUUUGUAUACAUAACUAUCACUGUAAAAAGAGUCUUUAUAAAUUUUAUACAAGGAAUACUAGCAAUUUUCACAUUGGUGUGUUUAAAAGGCUACUCCAAUAUUUUGUUGAUGACAACAGUUAAUUAUACAGAUUGUGAUCUGCAUUUCGAUAAAGUGCCACCUCAUUUAAUUGCUGCCUUUUUGGAAGGAAAAAAAAACCCCAUCUGACAUUUUUUUAAACAGUCCAGUGCAUGUAAUGGUGUAAAAGGAGGGUAUAGGAGAAGAAGUGAUGGAAUUAUUAAAGAAUGGAAUAGAACGUUGUGGAAGAUUGAAUUGGGUGUGUUAUGGGGGAGAUCGGACGAUCCCUACAAAUGUGACAAACUUUGUGUCAGCAAGGUAAUUGAAACAAAAAUACAUGAUGGGGUUGAAACUCUAAACACAUAAAGUUGACCAAACAUCAACGGCUACUCUUAUUUUCAUCACAUUGGUCACUUUACACAUCUAAGAAAGGGACAAAUGUCAUACAUCUUUCUUUCUGGUCCAACAUCUUUGAAAAAACACUCCACGUCUUGAGCUAGAAUACUACAACUACCAAUCAUGAAUGACCAAUGAUGUGCCUACCUGAUGUACCCAAAGUCCAUAAAGCUGCAUAGGAGAAUUAGCUUACUUACAAUAGGCUUUCUGUACUUUAAAUGUCCUGUUAAUAGAAUGCCUUCUGAUGCAGAGAUUUUAAAGACAAACCCAUUAGUCCGUGACUAUAGGUUAAUAGAUAUUUGUGAAUGUGUUGCUAGACCUUGAUAGCUGUCAUUAUGAAUCCAUGUACUAAUUACUAAAUGAAUCUUUAUCAGACAUUUAAUCUUCUCUGAGUUUUCUUAAUUUAUGUAUUGCUGUAAUGCAGUAUACGUCUUUGCUUCCUGGCUCUGUGAAUACAUUCCCGGUCCACAUCACUAGCUUUUUGCAGUGUUUAACCCCUUAAGGACACAUGACAUGUGUGACAUGUGAUGAUUCCCUUUUAUUCCAGAAGUUUGGUCCUUAAGGGGUUAAUAUACCUUUGCUUUGAGUUUUCGAAUGAGUUUGUAUUUUUUUUCCUGGUUUUGUGCAGGAGUACGUUUGGAUCGUGUGAGAGGUGGUCGUCAAAAAUACAAAAGGAGGCCUGAAGGAGAUAUUAUGCAAUAUACCCCAGGAGGACAUGUCCAGCAAGGUCCAGCAAAUAUGGUGAAGAAGCAAGGUAAGAUUCUGUACCAGUCUGUCACUAUCAUAACUACUCCUUUACAGUAAUUCCAUAAUCCAGAUCAAAAAACUGAUUUUAGUGGCAGACAGAAACCAGCUGGCCUAGGAAGGACAACUCAUAUAUUUUUUUGUGUAAGGGAGUGUUUUGUGUGCAUGUGUAAUGGAGAAUGUAGUGUGUGUUUUCUAUACAUGUGUAAGAGUAUAGUGAAUGUUUUGUAUACACGUGUAAGAGAGUGUGUGCUUUCAGUCAUGUCCAAGGUAGAGUGUGUGUGAUAUAGUAUACAUGUCUAAAGGAGAAAGUGUGUGUUUUUAUGGGUGUCUUAGAUAUAAAUAGAUAUGUAAGGAAGAGUGGGUGCUUGUGGUUGAUGAAAGAUGCAUGUACGUAGACCAGCAUAAUGCAUCUAAAAAUCUAAAUAUAUAAUUGCUUGUACCCACCCUAACCACAGCCUCUUUCCCUAUCUUAUUGUCACUUUGUCUUUCACCUUUCCUUUUUCUGUACUUACAGGGAAACUUUAAUGUAAAAAAUAAAACCAUUUUUUCAACAGAGUUAUAUCUUGCAGUUUUAAAGUUAAGGCCUCUCCCCCAUAAGCCUAAAAAAAGGAUAAUUACUCACAUUUUCUCCAUAACCACGCUGGUGUUGUCACAGCUGCUGCCUACCACUGGCUAAAGUCAUCAUUACCGAUGAUCUCAGCCAAUCCAAUGCUCCUCUUUAGAGAAGCAUUGGUGGGCCUAUUACUCAUGGGUGGCAAUCAGCAUCUCUUCAUAGCGAUAAAUUAUCCCAUAUCUUUAUGCCAAUCAUGAUAACACCUAUUUGAGUCACAGCUACUCGAAAUGCCCUUUGGGCUAACUGUAAACACUGCCUUAACAGAAAAGGCAGUGUUUACAAAUGAUAGGGUGCAGGAACGGACUCUUUGCAGCAAAACCUCUACAUUAAGCUGUAGUGGUUCUGGUGCUUAGAGUGUACCUUUUAACAUCCUCUUCAUCUUCCCAUAUUUGCACAAUGGGCAAUAUCAUUCAAGAACAGUUCUAGGCUAAAUUUGCAAUGUUGGAACAAUCUGCAGUGGAAUUCAAUUUGUUUAUAUGCUAAUUGUUCAAAGUUUAACUUUUUUUUUCUGAAUUUCUUGAUAUAAAUAGGAGCCAAAGGAAUAGGUAACUGUGUCAUAUUUUCAAUAUGUGUCCACAAUUGUUUUACUGAUUCUUCUGAAUUAUUUCUCAGUGCGGUGUGGUGACAUUCUCUCCCCUCUCUAUCAUAUUCCUGUCUUAUUUUCACAUGUUACUUAAUCACUCUCCUGUCCGUUUCAGUUCCUAUGAACGCAGUUGUAUCACACUUGCUGGUUGCGGAGCCAGACAAGCUGUUUGCAAUGCCAGACCCAGCGCUUCCUGAUGGCUAUCUGAAAUCUAUGAGCACACUUUGUGACCUAGCAGACCGAGAGAUUGUCAUAAUAAUCAGUUGGGCAAAAAACAUCCCAGGUACAUGGUCCUGA